GAUCCUGAGGAGCCAUUCUUCGGGCCGGUUGUGUGAUGGGAGGGGUGACCUGGUCCAUUGAGUCUCGGGUUAAAGACGCAAUCUGGGGUCUGGUCUCACAUCGCCUUGGAUUUCGUUACCAGCCUACCCCCAUCCCAAGGCAACACGGUAAUCAGGACAGUAACUGACCCAUUCUCCCGACUAACCCACUUCAUUCCCCUGACCAAGCUGCCCACGGCCAAACAGAUGGCGCAGGCUAUGCUGGAGCAUGUCUUCCGGCUUCAUGGAUUCCCGCGAGACAUUGUCUCUGACAGGGGGCCUUAGUUCGUGUCUCGCUUUUGGAGAGAAUUCCUUGCCCUACUAGGAGCAGAGUGAAAACAAACACGAGCAACUAAUUAAAAGGAGGAGCCAACCAGCGACACCAUAAUGGCAUGGUAAACAGAUAAGCUACAAAUGGAUCAUCAGCUGCCUGCAACCGUCCUACUCUUUGUGUUCUGCAACCUCCCAACUGGCCAACUCCGUCAGUUCCACUAUGUCAAUCUGACGAUGACCUGGUCCAAUGCUCAACAAUACUGCAGAGCGAACUACACUGACUUGGCCACAUUCAACAGCAUGAACGAAAUAAGUAGCUUAAACAGACCUGCUCUGAGCACCUCAGUGGCCUGGAUCGGACUAAACGACGACCCCAAAGGAUGGAUGGGGGUCAUGGCUAGCGAUGCCAACUCCUGGAGGUGGUCAGCAACUGGUGCCCCAAGCACAACUGGUUACCAGUCGUGGGCCACUGGUGAACCUAAUGAUCAAUACAUAGAGUACUGUGUCAUAAUGGGAAAUAAUGGACUUUGGGCUGACGUGCCCUGUAACGCUUUAUUCAGCUUUGUUUGUUAUUCAGCAAAAACUCAAACAUAUGUUUAUGUCCGAUCUGCCCUCACGUGGUCUGAUGCCAGAAAUUACUGCAGAGUGAACUUUAAUGACCUGCCAACGAUUGACAACUCUGUGGACAAUGAAAACAUCCGGAGUAAAAUACCAUCUGCUGUGUGGAUCGGCCUGUACCGACUGGCUUGGAAGUGGUCCGACGGCAGCAGCAGCUCAUUCACAAACUGGCAGAGUGGAAAGCCAGACAACAAACCAACUAACAACCAGUACUGCGUCGCUGAAAAUAACCAGCACCAGUGGUACGACGACGUCUGUCAGAAUAAGUAUGCGUUCAUCUGCCAAGAAGAUCUGAAAGAAUACAUGACUGUUAAGAUAAAGCUCCAGACCAGUGCUGACAUGACAGACCCAGCUACUAACGGCCAGCUUAUUCAAAAGCUGGAUGCAGAGCUACAAAGUAUUGGAGUGACUUACAUCACAGUGAAAUGGAUAAGUCAGCCUUGGAAACUAGAUGCUUCCAGAUUCUCAGUGCACUAAAUAUUUUAGUAUAUUUCAUCUCCUACUAGAAAAAAUAAUUGUAAUAUGUGUUUUCAUGUGGUUGGGAAACAUUACAGUAGGUUUUGGUUAAACAUAGACCUGGACAAGCUGUGUAAAAUCUGCAACAAAACAUUAAUAAACACUAAUAUUACAAAACAUUAACAUUAACAACAAGCAUUUUGUGCAUAAUGUUUUAUAUGAAUCAAACUCAAUG